AUGCCACAGCUAAGAACCAAUGCGGUAUAUGAUAAUGCUAUUAAAAUUUUGGAAGAUAAAAACAAAUCACAGUUAAAUAGUAAACAUGAACGAUGUCGAAGAAGGAGAAUUAAUAAAGGAUUAAGAAGCAAACAGCAAGGUUACCAUGGCGUCUGUCAUUUAAGAAAACUACGAUAUUUUGACGUUGGACUAUCUUUCUUAUUUGAUAGCCUUCAUAAUGCAUAUCAUGGAACAUUUAAGCGGCUUCUUAAAUUAUGGCUCGACAAUUCGUACAAAAAUGAGCGAUGGUCAUGUGCAUCAAAAUUUAAGGAUAUAGCUGAGAAAUUGAAUUCUAUUUAUUAUCCAUCAACAACAUCACGAACACCUCGUCAGUUAGAAAAGUACCUAAAAUUUAAGGGAAGUGAAGAACGUUUAGUUUUAUUGUUUGGUUUCGAAGCGUUUCGAAAUUUUCUGUUAAAAAAUUAUUAUGAGCAUCAUUUAUUAUUUGUUAUGGCUGUGCACAAAGCAGAGAAUCGUUCAAUAUCUUCAAUUGACGUGCUUGAAAUCAAAGAACUUCUCACACAAUAUCAUCAUCAGUUUCCUAAACUAUACGGUCUAAUAACACGAACAAUUAAUGCAACGAAAAACCAUUCGCUGGAAAUUCAAAAUACAUUAAAUUUAUUCAGAUUAGCAUGGCAUGAAUCAGAAAGUGAUGAAUUUAAUAAAACACUAAAAAUAUUUAUCGAAAGUUUAACAACAACAAAACGUGUUGGAUAUAAAUCCAAUCGUUCAACAGCAGCAAAUGCUUUAAUUCCAAAAAAGAAAACACAUUUAUCACCAACAAGAUUAGCUAGCUUACAAGUUAAAUUCAACUGCCUUAAUAUCGUUGCAUUUCAAACAUUAUAUAUCGCAACCACGCGUUUCACAACACAAGAUUUUGGACAAGGAAACAGAACCAGCGAUUCUCUGAUAUUAUUCGAAUCAGACGGUCGUCAGCACAUAGGGUUCAUUCAAAAUAUUAUAAAAUAUCAACAGCAAUUUGCUUUAAUGGUAAAAACAGCCACAAUUAUCGAUUGUUUACGUGUAUUUAUUGGAGAAACACAAUAUUCAACCACAAACGUUACAUAUGGGAAUUUUGAAAGUGAUACAAUUCUUUUUAUUGAACCACAUCAAGUAAUAGAAAAACUCUGUUAUUCCUAUGAUAAAACAAAAAAGAAUUAUACAUUUUUUCGUUAUCCAACAUUAGAAGAAUCGAGUUAG